CCUAACCACCUCUACCCUGGUUCCGUCCGAUGUAACUCUUCUUAUUAAAUUAAGCACAGACUUAAUACGCGGUUGAAUAGCGUGAGAAGAGACGGACUAGUAUUCCUCUACGACCGCCAUUAACAUCCAUCUAUCUUAGCCAUUAAGAUCUCUCUAACUCCAAUUUUCUUCUUCCCAGUUUGGAGCGAGAAUAGUACCCAGAAAGCAAUCAUGAGUGAGAUGAAAGAUAAAUUGAAGGGCUUCAUGAAGAAAGUCAACACCCAGUUCUCUUCUUCUUCUUCUUCUUCUGGUAAAUUCAAGGGCCAAGGUCGAGUCUUGGGUUCCUCUUCUUCUUCUGGACCUGUUAACCCAAUCCUUACUCGUCCCUCUCCUAUUCCCAACCCUGCCCCUUCUUCCUCCUCAUCCAAUUCUAAGCCCGUUUUGCCUUCUAAACCACCGGUUUCUGAUCAAAACAAGCCCAGUUCCAACUCUAAUCCUGAACCAAAUCACAAAACGGGAAGUGGGUUUGAUCCCUACGACUCAUUCAUCACUUCUAGCAAGGUAUCCAAAAAUGGUUUCACUUUAAAUGUAUUCGAGUGUCCGAUUUGUGGCGCUUCUUAUAGGUCUGAGGAGGAGGUGUCUAUACAUGUUGAAACUUGUGUCAACAAUACCAAUUCAUUGGAUAGAAAAGGAACGGAUGAUGAAUCAGGAUCCAAUGAGACUGCUUUGGAAGAGUCAAGAGGUGAAGUAGAGGUUCGUGUUAGUUCAUUCCUUUCAGGGAAACCAGCAGAAGGCUCGAUUGAGGUAGUUCUCAAGUUGUUGAGGAAUAUAGUUAAGGAACCUGGGAAUGACAAGUUUAGGAAGCUUCGAAUGAGUAAUCCGAAGAUAAGGGAGGCAAUUGGUGAGGUAGCAGGAGGGGUUGAGCUGUUGGAAUUUGUUGGAUUUGAAUUGGAGGAGGAAGGAGGGGAAAUGUGGGCAGUCAUGGAUGUUCCUAAAGAGGAGCAGAUUAGUGUGAUCAGUAAGGCAAUAAUGUUGUUGGAACCAGGAAACAUGGAAAAAUUUAAGAAGAGUGAAAAUAUUUCCCCUACAGCUUCACCUGAGAAAGAGGAAACUGUUGAGUCAAAGAAGAUAGACAGAAAGAUCCGGGUGUUCUUCUCUGUACCUGAGAGUGUAGCAGCAAAAAUUGAGCUACCGGAUUCUUUCUAUAACCUAUCAAGUGAAGAGUUGAAGAGAGAAGCGGAGAUGAGAAAGAAAAAGAUUGCAGACUCCCAGCUUUUAAUCCCCAAGUCUUACAAGGAAAAGCAAGCAAAAGCAGCCAGGAGAAAGUAUAGAAGAACAAUUAUUCGCAUCCAGUUUCCUGAUGGAGUGGUGCUUCAAGGUGAAUUCGCUCCUUGGGAACCAACUAGUGCUCUCUACGAGUUUGUGAGUUCAGCACUGAAAGAACCGUGCUUGGAGUUCGAGCUGUUAGAUCCGGUAAUUGUUAAACUACGAGUGAUCCCAUCAUUUCCUGCAGCAGGGGAGAAAGGCAGGACGCUGGAGGAAGAAGAUUUGGUUCCCUCAGCACUUAUUAGGUUCAAGCCUGUUGAAACUGAUUCUGUCGUCUUCACUGGCCUUUCUAAUGAACUCCUGGAAAUCAGUGAGCCCCUUGUAAAUUGACUAAAAACCUUCAUCUCUAUUUGUUGGGGAAAUAUACCCAACCAAUUAUUAUAUGCUUCGAUUUUUAAAGCUGUGUGGAUUCUUAGUGUGACAUAGCCUGAAUUUUCUCCCCUUUCUAAAUCAUCAAAAUAUUGUUGAUUGGUUGUUUUUUAAUAAUAAAUUCAUUUCCAAUA